AUGGUGACCUCAGGUGUACAUGUGACAGGUGUGAUGACCCUGGGUGUGCAGGACACAGCGGAAAGGAGCCAUGUGACUUUCGGCCCAGGCCCCGCCCCCCCCAGGAGGUGCCCAGCCGAAGCUGUGCCAGCCACUCGCUCCCGUGGGGACCCGCUUGCCUGCGACCUUCCAGCAUGUUCCUGUCAUCCCUCCCCCGCCGGAGCCAGGUGCCCUCUACCCUCCUCCCAGCCCGGAGCCAGACUGGAACCCUCAGAGCGGCGCUGUCGUCCCCGCCCUGCUCGCCUUUCCCUUCCCCUCCCGGCCCCGCGUCGAGCGCCGCAAGUUCUCCAUGCACGUUUCUCGUCCUCCUGGUCCUCCGGCUCCUACGCCGCGGCCCAGCAGCUCGGAGCUCCGCGCCGACAUCCAGGACCUGGAAGAACCUGGGAAGGAGAGCCGGGAAAGGAGCUGCUCUCACAACUGGGGAUGGGCGCCAGGAGGGGGUGGGUGGAGCCCGAGGAGGAGGAGCUGCUGAGCGCAGAGUCGCUGCGGCUCGCCGCCUCCCAGCACGUGUGCGUCCUGCAUCCUGACGACAAUUGCCCGGCCGGAAGGACGCCUCGCGUCACAGCCUCUGCGAUGUUUCGGGGUCCCCCUCCUGCCUCCCGCCGUCCCGGGGUCUGUGUGAGCCGCGGCCCCCGACGGAAGCCGGCUGUCCUCUCUCAGAGUGGCAUAUGACGGAGCCCGUCGCACAGACUUGCUUUGGUGGUGUCCAGUGCCCCCUCCGGUACAGAGACCCCGGCUAUACACCUCCUUGGUGGUGGAAGCCCUGGGAAGACUUGACUCUGGCCAGCAGGGAUCCACUAAGCGUUUAAAUCCCAGGUCUACCUUGAGCAGCAGUUCUGCCUGGCUGGACCAUGAAGGAAGGGGCUCCUGUACAUCAUGGUGUCAGCUGGCUAUACAAGGAGGCCACCAUUCAGCUGGUGCAGGAGCUGCCGGAGACCACCGCUGCUCAUGUCACCAUUGUCAUCAUCACCCAGGCCCAGGCUGUUCCCUGAUGACAACCUAUAGUCCCUCCCCUUCCUUUCUCCCAGAAUGGCUGGCAGCUCAUUAAAGCAGGAUUUGCAUUCUCCCCCUUC